UGUCAUCUGACAUCUGCAUGUUUAGCUUGCCGAAAAUGGGUUUUGUCAACAUUAUUCUUUUUUAUUAAUUUUUUAUAGUAUAUAGUAUCAUAUUAUGUCGAUUGAUGAAUUAAGUAGCGAUUUUUUUGAGAAUUUCACGUGUUUGAAUAAUACUUGAAAUUGUGAAGAUAAACAACUACUACUCGUGGUAUAUAUAAUUUUUUGAAAAUAACAUGAACUUUGAGGUUAUAGAUCUGCCGAUACACGGCGAUACAAACCUUUUGAAAGAGAAGAUAAUCAAAACCGACACACUUUUGAAAAAGUACCAGGAGAACCUAACAAAGUUGAAGAGAGCCGCCCAACUUUGCAAGUGUAUGAAGAAAAAGUAUGAGGAUACCAAACAAUCUUUAGAGUCAACUCUGCUGGAAAAUGAUAGAGUUAAUUUCAAACUUGAAACUAUUCAGUCAAAAUAUCAAGAUGCAGACGUAGAAAUGAAAAGAUUAAGUAGAGAUCUUUCGGAACUGGAGGAUAAGUACAAACAAUAUACAUUCGAAGCACAAUCAACAAUACAGAAUCUACAACAUGAGUUACGAUUGUUGCAAGACCUUAAAAAGUCUAGCUCGGACUCUUCGGAUGGUAGUAAAUUGAAAUGUUUAGAAAGCAAAUUGAAAAAGUUGCAACAAGCUGAGAAAAACUAUAAGGCAAAGAUAGAUAAAUUGAAUGUCCAGCAAAGUGAAAUUCGAGAAGAACAUCAAGAAGAGAAAAGCAGAUUAUUGAAGCAAAUAGAAAAGUUAACAUUACAGGUGCAUCCUGAACAUGACAAAUUCAAUUUAUCACCUGAUUCUAGUAAUUAUACAGAUCCGGUAAACCAAAUAGAUCAUGUAAACACGCAGUUAGACCAUGACACUCAUAAUGGAAAAGAAUCUCACUCUGGAAGUGAGAUGGAUACUAAACUGUCAAAUGCAUUGAAAGACUUAGAAAUAGCAAAUAUUGAGAAUGUAGCUCUCAAACAGCAGAUAAACAUGAAAACUAGGGAAAUUGCUGUGUUGAAGUUCAAAAAUGCCGAAAAAGCUGUGAAAACAGUAAGUGCCUUUAUACAAACAGAAUCAUUUAUCAACAGAGAUAGAGAUAUAUCUUAUCCAAAAAUUGAUAACUAUCUUCCAGACUUAACCUUUGAAUCUGACUCGGAAUGUGCCGCUCCACAACAGUUAUUCAAAGGUCUAAAUCAUGAUAACAAUGAACCAUUACCAAAACAGAAUAAUCUGCCUAUGAUGAGCUCAAAAACCUGUGAAAUAUCUACACAGACUGAGAGUUCUGAGGUUAAAAUUUCAACACCUGAGAAACAGCUUGUUGUAGAGUCAGUUUCUGUACAAACUGACUCAUUUAUUAAUAGUGAGGAUGCAUGUAAUACAUAUUCUAUUGAUUAUUUCCCUGAUUCAAGUUCUGAAUCUGACCCUGAAGAUAUUGGUAGAAAUUUGGAAGAAAAUCUUUAUAAAGUCAGUAGUAGUGCUAGUGGAGAUAAAGAUGAAACAUUACCCAAGGCUUCAGAGUGCUUAGAUGACACUCAAAACCUGUCUACUGAAAAAUAUUACGAUACGUCAAUUCAAAAUAAAGAUUUUGAUAUUAUCUCAUCAAGAGUGAAUCCAGUGAUGGUUGUUAUGUCAACCCAGACUGGCAUAGAAACUAUUUCAUUUGCAACUCAAACUGAAUGCAACAGUAUAUCUUUCUCAACACAAACUGAAACUAAAACAAUUUCAUUUUCAUCACAAACUGAAUUUAACUGUAUAUCUACCACGACUCAAACCGAUGGCGAUUCAACAACCAGAGAUUCUAUUGAGGAUGACACGAAAAUGAGUGAUGUAGGGUCUUUGAGUGAUAUUCUUGCUGAAAUGAUAGAUAUCCCCAGACUGCUAUCUCCUAUCCAAGAUAUUGUUGAGAACAUACCGGAAGACAAGAAGAUUGUAGAGAAAAAUAUUAACAAAAGAAGAUUGAAGAGAAGAAUUAUUUGGGCCAAAAGAUCACUUUCACCAAAGUAUAUACCAUGGAAGAGGAAAAUGAUAAUGAGAUAUCCAAAAUCAGACAUAACACAGGACUCGGUCACAAAAGCUUUACAGAUUUUGAAAAGGGCUAACAUCAACUUUACUAUUUCAAAUGAAUCAAUUUUGCCUCAAUACCGACAUUAUUGCAAUCAAGACCAGGUAGUUGUGUCUAAAAAUACUGAAAACUGUUUUACCGAGAAACUAGCUUGUUGCUCCGCUAGUUGUAGAACAAACUCGUCUCACAUGUUGUUGAGCAACAGAGGAGACUCAACGGAAUUGUUAGGAUUCUUUAAUGCCGAAAGUGAAACAACAAAAUGUACAAAUGUUGGUCUGACUAGGAACACCAAAUAUCCUAAAACAAACCUGUUAGGAUUCUUGAACGUUAAAAACGCAAAAGGUGCAAACAUUGAUAUGGCCAAAGAAAAUAAACCAGAUCUUGUAGGUGAAACAGCUAAAAUUGUUAUAUCAAAGCUGAAGAAAGAAUUCAAUUUGAUUCCCAAGAAAAAGAGAAGACGCGAUUUGUCUAGUUCUGAUAGCGAAAUGUUGGAGUUUGGAAGGGAUAUUCAAAGACCAAAUAAAAAAAUGAAAUGGUUGCAAGAUUUGAAACAUAGAAGGCGUAUACCAAGAGAAGACACCACUACCUCUGGUUUUGAAAGUAGAGAAACUAGUACUCCUGUUUCACAAUAUUCUACAAUGGAUAAAGAAAAGUCGGGAUUCAAAUUUAAUGAAAAUACGUCGUUUGAAGUGUUGUCUUCUAAUUUGGAGUCUCCAAUAUCUCUAUCCUCAACUAAUAACUCAUUAGAGAUAUCUUGUAACCUAAGUGUAUCCAAUGUACAACCUGAACCAAAUAUAUCUGAAGAUAAAUAUAAGGUUGACGAGAUAAAUUCUAAAAACACCAUAACAUCUAUAGAAAACACUAAUUCAAGUAAGAAAAAGCAGCCUAGGGACAAGUUGAAAUCCAAGACACGCAAGCAGUUCGAAGAGAAAAUGUCGAUGUCUGGGACAACAUUUAAAGAGUUUUCUCCUAAUUCAAAGAAUCUUGAGGCUUUCAUAUCUCCUGUAUCCUCUACUGAUAACUCAUCAGAGUUGUCUGGGAACUUAGCACUAAGUGAGAAUCCUGAGCUAAAUAUAUUCGAGACAGUUGAGAAAAAACGUGAGUUUAAAUCACCCGACGUAGAUAAAAUACAUGCUAAAGAAACCGUAACAUCUACAGAAAAAACUAAAUCAAAACAGAACAAGCAGCCUAUGGUCAAGUUGAAGUCCAAGCCACUUGGACAAUGCAAAGAGAAGUUGUUGAUGUCUGAGACAUCAUUUGAAGAGUUUUCUUCUAAUUUGAAGAAUCUUGAGACUCCCAUAUCUCCUCUAUCCUCAACUAAUAGCUCAUUAAAUAGCUCUGGAAACUCGGCACUAAGUCUAUCCAAUGAACAUCCUGCAUCAAAUAUAUCUAAAACAGUAGAGGAAAAACGUGAUUUCAAAUCACCUGAAGAUAUGUAUGAUUUAGAUGAAACGGAAGUUAAAAAAACAAUAAUAUCUAUAGAAAAAGCUAAAUCGAAAAAGAAAAAGCAACCUAUGGGCAAGUUGAAGUCCAGGACAUUGAGACAGUUCAAAGAGAAGAGGCUGAUGUACCAGACAGAACCUCCUAAGAUUGUGUCAGUUUGUAAUGGGACAGUUGAGAAAAAAAUUAACACUGAAAAAUCACGAAACAAAAAAGCUAUUUCUAACAAAACUGCUAAAAGAAAAUCAUCGAAUGGCUUAAUGGAAGCUAAAUUAGAUAUAUCUAAACAGGUAGAGAAGACAAGAAUAAUCAGUAAUGAAGAAACGGAAAAAAGUCGUCGUGCUGUUGAAGAGAAACAAGUAAAUGUUGAUGAAAAAGUGUUUGUCAACGCACCAAGUCCUCAAGCGCCACUCAAAACGUCUGAUUCUGAAAAUCAAGUCAAGGAUAAUGACAAUUUCAAACCGGAUACUGUUGUGGAUGAUCUUGAAAUGACAUCUGAUACAUCUAUUGAUGACAAAAUAGUAAUUCUGAAGCCUAAAAAAUCAAAAAGAAAAUGUAAAAGAAAAAAUGCAGCUACCCCAGUAAGAGAUAAUAUUUUAAGUGUCUCAUCUGAUGAGGAGAUCAAUUCAACUUGCAAUUUGAUGCCUAAUCCUCACAAUACAAGGAGUAUGUCAAAAGCUUCAUCGAUAUCUGAUGAAGAACCUACAAGUAAUACAAAAAUGGAUACCAUCCAGACAUCUUUAGAUUCGGUAGAUUCUCAGUUAAAACUUCUAAAGGCCAUUGAAUCUAAACAAGAUAACGGAGACGCCAAGCCUGAUAGUAUUGGGCAUGGCAUUGAAAAGCUUACAAACACAAACUCUACUUUAGAUGAAUCUGAUGGGGAUAGACAGACGGAUACAGAUUCUUCAGAUCAGGAAGUAGAUGCAACUCCAAAGGGCGAAAGACUGAUACAAAAGGAUAGCCAAGAAACUGAGAUUAUACAUCUUGGCAGAGAAUCUUCCACAGCUACUACCGAAACUUCAAUGGAACACUUUGACACAGAUUUAGACAAGAAGCAUGAUUUGACCAUCACAGAAGACAAAAUGGAUUCAGGUGUUGAAUCGUUGAAAUCGAAAGAUUCGCAUGAAGUUUCUUUUUGUGAUUAUAUCGACACCCCAGCUUCGCCCGAGCCACAUUCAGAGUAUGAAGAUUGUGACAUGAAAAUUAUACCAUUAGAUCGCAUGGAAUGUAUAAAUAGUCAAGAUGACUCUGCGGAUAAGAAAGCCUUUCAGGAAAAAAGUCAGAUUGGGAACAGAAUCCGGAAAAGUAAUCGAAAAAAGAAAAUCAAUGUGGUACAAAAUAUAGUCAUAAAAUCUGCGGACAAAAUUGAUAAGGAGGAAAAUGAGGAUGAUGUUGAGAAGUUUGAACCAUGUGAUAUUUUGUCAAAGAUUUUGAAUGAUAUGAACAAAAGUAAGAACUCGCUUAAGAAACAACAAACCCCUAAAGAUUUCGUGAUUAGAAGUGGAAGCACAAAUAAACUAGAUGACAAGGAGUGGAGAAAUAUGAUUUUGGACGUUGCAGAACUGGUCUACUGUGAUGAAGGAAUUACGAGUUUUGAUCCUGGGAAUUUUGAGAUUCAGCCUUUGCCUCAGACAUACUUGAAGAACCUUUCUUUACUGGAGAAAGCAGACACGAUCAUCAAGAAACUAAAGUUAACCAACGAAGAUGAAGGAAUUAGGGAUGAAUUCGUUUUAGAAUUCAGUAGAUUUCCUCCUGAAACAGUUGUUAACAUAAUUUUAUAUUGCCUGACACAGGAUGAGGAUAAAACACUUGGAAAAUAUCAUCCACUGCUUAUGCUGACUAAAAUGGAGUGGACAUUUUUGAAACUGAUGCUCAAAUUGGAGCAAGGAAAAAUGAAGAAUAUAUUUGAAGUAUAUUUUAAGAUAGUAGAAAAUCAGCUUUACCGGAAAUGCGCCCACAUCAUAGUGGCGACAAUCACAAGAUUAUACGUGGCAAUAUGCAAACUUUACGGACAUGUAUAUCGAGUGAGGAAACUAAUUUGUGAAACGUUCUACUAUUCAGAAGAUUUGGCUGUGAUACUGUUGUUUACCGUCUUAUCAUCUUGGAUAGAAAUAUUUCCUAUGAAAGAUGACGUGAAAUGUCUUCCAGUAGCUCCAGUGAUGGUGCAGCUCAUACAUUUGAAAGAAAUAAAAAAUCCGCAUUACAAGUUGGAGCCCUUGAAAGUGCUCCUGAAUCAACACUACGGUUACCCUAGGGAAAGACUGAAUUGCGAUGAAUUUUUUGACGGAUUGGUUCAGGAUUACUUGCGCAAUCCAACAAGAAUGGCGAACUUUGCAAUACGACUGUUUUGCAAAUAUAAAAACGUCGACUGGUUGAAAAAGAAAAUCAACGAGAUUUUCAAACCGUUAGUUUAUAGGAUUCCAGUGGAAAAUGAAAAUUUCAAAGCAACUGUGAUCGUUCUGUUGGCAAAUAUUUGCCAACAUUUCAGAAUAAGUGGUACGGAUAAGUACAUGGUAGAAUUGAAAGCAUGGUUUUCUAGUCUCAGUGAAGGUGAUGUGCCAGAAGUGGUGCAGCAUAGUGUGCACUACGCUUUAGAUAAGCUCAGUAUUGUCGAGGAAAUGACCAGGAGGCAGAUCAAAGGGAAAAGGAGAAAAAAGUUAAAAAAAUCAUGAUAUAAUUGCCGAACAAUAAAAUGAUUUCGUAAAUUCAUGUAUGGUUUUAUUGUCUGUGUACAGUAGCGUAUAUACAAUAUUUCUGAGAAUAUUUAAAAAAACACUUCCUAGACCCGUUCCAAAAUUGCAUAAACACAAUUAGUGAUCGUAUAAUCAUACUAUCUAGAAAGUUAAAUGAUAAAAUUCGGACAGAAUCUCC